AUGUCGCCAUUACGGGGAGCAAUGCUGCGAUGGCGCCGCCAAGCGGAGAAUCAGACUACCACCAUGAAGUCCAGCCCAGCAUCUGUCGUCAAUGCAUCAACAUUAGCACCCGCAUCUUCAGCUGUCCCUGGAACAGAACCAACUGUUGCAGUAAUAACAACUACUACGGAAUCAGCAGCUGAAAAAAUGGCAGCCGAAGUCGCUCACAAACUGAACAUGGAAACCUGGCAGCUAGUAGCUAUACUAGUUGGUGUGGGCGUGAUUAUCCUCGUUAUUUGCUUCUGUUGCAUUCGACGAUGUUUCCGUAAGCGGCGGUCGAAGGAUGGCAAAAAGGGCAUGAAAGGUGUCGACUUCAAGUCCGUCCAACUCUUGGGGUCAGCAUAUAAGGAGAAGGUUCAGCCGGACAUGGAGGAGCUUACAGAAAACGCAGAAGAACCCGACGACGGCGACUCUAAGAAAGAGGAACAGAAGCUAGGGAAACUACAAUAUAAGCUGGAGUACGAUUUCAACAGUAACAGUCUAUCCGUGACUGUAAUACAAGCGGAAGAACUACCGGCUUUAGACAUGGGUGGUACUUCAGAUCCAUAUGUAAAGGUGUACCUCCUGCCCGAUAAGAAGAAGAAAUUCGAAACUAAAGUACAUCGUAAAACUUUGAACCCUGUAUUCAACGAGACUUUUGUGUUCAAGAACGUACCCUACGCCGACGCAAUGAAUAAAACACUAGUGUUCGCCAUAUUCGACUUCGACCGAUUCUCCAAACACGACCAAAUUGGCGAGGUGAAGGUACCACUAUGCCAGGUUGACCUGGCGCAGACUAUCGAAGAAUGGCGUGAGUUGCAGAGCGUUGAAGGAGAAGGUGGACAGGACAACAAGUUGGGAGACAUUUGUUUCUCCUUGCGCUAUGUGCCGACUGCUGGAAAACUUACUGUAGUCAUAUUGGAAGCGAAGAAUCUAAAGAAAAUGGAUGUUGGUGGUCUAUCAGAUCCGUACGUAAAGAUAGCACUCAUGCAAAACGGCAAACGCCUCAAGAAGAAGAAAACGAGCAUCAAGAAAUGCACACUGAAUCCCUAUUACAACGAGUCAUUUACUUUUGAAGUACCAUUCGAACAAAUACAGAAAGUGAACCUAGUGGUAACGGUGGUUGACUACGAUCGCAUCGGCACUUCGGAACCUAUUGGUAAGGUGGUCCUGGGCUACAACGCGUCGGGUACAGAACUACGUCACUGGUCAGACAUGUUGGCUAGUCCGAGGCGCCCAAUUGCGCAGUGGCACACACUCAAAGAUCCUGAUGAUGGAGAGAAAAAGGAUUAA